AUGAAACCCGUAUUCUUACUAGUAGAUGUCCACUUCCAAGGAAUGUUCGCCAGAAACCCCAUACGCUACACCAGUGGAAUUACUCAGAGGUUUUCGGACAUUGAUUUCGCAGGAAUGGACAAGGAUGGGUGUGUUGCGUUCAUCGAAAGGUUCACUGGGGAAAAGUGUGAGAAGCUCUAUUACUGCCAACCUGAUAUUGAUUUCCCAAAAGACCAUUUUGGGGAUAGUAACAUACAGGAAUGGUUGGAUGAACACAAAGACGAGUUUGUUGGUAACGUUGAGGAAGAAGUACUUGAUGGUGCAGGACUGGUUAAGGAAGUUGCACCAGGGUAUCGGGAUGUGGGUGACAGUGACACGAACGAUGAGGUACAGAAUGGCGAUGAUGAUGACGACGAGGAUGAGGAUGUCGAUGGCAAUGAGGAUGACCAUCAGAAGCCUCAUUUUUUUAUAAAGGGUAAUGAGAGUCAGGUAGAGAUGGGUGAGAAAGCAGGUGCAGGUGAGUUUUUCGAAGAAGACAUGGGUGACAAUGAAGAUGUUUAUCCUGAAUUGCCAAACAUUUUCAAUGAUAAGCUCAAUUGGAAGGAGCAGGAACUUGUUUUAGGUAUGAGGUUUGAGAGUCCUAAGCAAUUGAAACACAUGCUUUGUAACUAUGCUGUCGCGAAUGGUUAUCAAUUAUGUUUUGUUAAGAAUGAUACUAGACGAUUACUUGUCAAAUGUUGUGAUGGCAAAUGGGAUGAUGAGGUAAUCGUAGAUGCUACUGAUGCUUUGGAUAGGCCUAGAGAUGAAGAGCGAAUGGUGGGAGUCAAUGGACGUGAUGAAGGGGUGAAUGUCAAUGCUCGAGUUAAGCAUGUUAAACCACGUAAAAUGCGAAAGAAGUCAGAACGAAUCAUUAAACUGAAGCUUGCAAAAAAUGUAGGAGGUGAAGGUAGCAGUGUUGCAACGGCCAUGGACUUGGAUUAA